CGGCUUGCAGCGACCCAGUGUCAGUGUGUGAAUUUUUCUCCUCCCCUUCUCUUUUUUUGUAACCAAAGCUGGAUGUGUAGAACGUCACAUAUUGUUUCCCUCUUCACUCCGGUCACUUUAGCGAUAUGGGUUAUUUACUGUUAAACAGCUACAGACGCCGAACGCACAGCCGGCGCUUGGAGUGAUAGUGUCUCUGAGAGAUACGGACUAUACAGAGUUUCUCUCCAGGCUUCGGUAAGUGAGGAUAUAACAACAGGUCAACGAAAGUGAGAUCUGUUUUUUUAAAGGACGAUAGAAUGGCGAGUCCUCCAAAUACUGGGGGAGAACACUUGUUAUCCAACGCGAACAUUAGUAACACCAAGAUUAAGAAAUGUGGAUACCUCAAGAAGCAGAAGCACGGACACAAGCGCUUCUUCGUUCUGAAGGAACCGGGCGAGGGCUUCCCUGCCCGGCUGGAGUACUACGAGAGCGAGAAGAAAUGGAAAAACAAGUCAGCGGCAAAGAGGGUUAUACCUCUUGACUGCUGCCUCAAUAUCAACAAGAGAGCUGACGCCAAACACAAACACCUUAUCGCCCUCUAUACCAAGGACGAAUAUUUUGCCGUGGCGGCAGAUAAUGAAAAAGAGCAGGAGAAUUGGUACCGAGUCUUAACGGAUUUAAUGAGCGAGGGGAAAGUGUACUCCGACGGCUCCGCUUCCAAUUCCGCGUCUUCGCUGGUGGGGUUUGAUGAGGCGAACUACGGGAUGAUUACGCCGGUAAAUGCCGCGUAUAAGGAGGUAUGGCAAGUGAACCUGAAAUCCAAAGGGCUGGGGCAGAGCCGGAAUCUGACCGGGGUGUACAGACUGUGUUUAUCCAGCCGGACUAUCAGCUUUGUAAAGCUCAACUCGGAUGUCGCGUCCGUCAGUUUACAGCUGAUGAACAUUCGGAGAUGCGGGCACUCCGAGAGCUUUUUCUUCAUCGAGGUCGGACGGUCAGCAGCCACGGGACCAGGCGAGCUGUGGAUGCAGGCUGACGACUCAGUGGUGGCGCAAAACAUCCACGAGACUAUAUUGGAGGCCAUGAAAGCCAUGAAGGAGCUGUCAGAGUUUCGGCCGCGCAGCAAGAGCCAGUCUUCAGGCACUAACCCCAUCUCCGUGCCGACCCGGCGGCACCUCAACAACCUUCCUCCAAGCCAGACCGGGCUCCAGCGGCGGUCGCGCACUGACAGCAUGGCCACAACUUCCCCGGUUAAUAAAUUUACCUCCUGCCGGAUACGCACUGCCAGCGAGGGAGAAGGCACCAUGGUGCGCCCCAUGUCUGUGAACGGGAGUCCCCUCAGCCCCGGUAUUCAACCGAACCUAUUAGGGAGAUCAAACACCAUUACAGCCCGGCCCAGCAGGACAUUUGAAUCCUCUUCCCUCCAGCACAGUAAGUCCAUGUCCAUGCCUCUGUCUCACUCUCCACCCACAGCCACCCCCAGCCCUGUCAGCCUGUCCUCCUGCUCGGAGAGCAGUGCUCCUUGCCCCUCCAGCUGCAGUGCCUCGGUCUCCCCCAGUGAUGGGGGCUUCAUCUCCUGUGAUGAUUAUGGCUCCAGCCCUGCAGGCCUGCACCUCACCCUCCGCAGUAACACCCCAGAGUCCCUGAGGGAAGACACACCCCCUUCCCGGGAAGGCAGCAACCUGCACGGCUACAUGGUGAUGGAAAGACAGAACGGUUACCGUCGGUUACCAGAGCUGGACAAGGCAUACCGGAAACGCACAUACUCCCUCACCACCCCGCGCCAGCACAGGGCACCGCCCCAGGUCUCCUCUGCCUCAUUGGACGAAUACACGCUCAUGAGGGCCACCUACACCAGUGGUUGCCAAUCGGGUCGCAGCUCUCACAUGGCUUCCCCAAAAGUGACCUAUCCCGAGGACUAUGGCGAUGUCCAGAUAGGCUCCAACGGUCACCUAGGCGACAGUGGCUACAUGCCCAUGACUCCAGGUGUGGCCCCUCAGACAGCGGGGGUCAAAGGUAAUGCUUACAUGCCCAUGAGCCCCAUGUGUGUGUCGGCCCCAAAGCAGAUCAUCAACCCCCGCUCUCACCCCUCUCCAGCUGGGAUGGGUCCCCAUACAGAUUCCCCUGGCAGUGUGUCUCUGGAGGACAGCGGCUACAUGAGGAUGUUCUACGGGGCCAAGAUGUCUGUGGACAGCUCAGAUGAGAAACUCACCAAUGGGGAGUACCUCAACAUGUCCCCUGUGGACCCUCUGGUGUCCUUCACCCCCUCAGACUACUUCCUCACAGACACUACCCCCCAGCCUCACCCUCACCACAGACAGCCUUACUCCAUCAGUUCCCUGCCCCGCUCUCUCAAAGCCCAGCCCCAGAGGAACGGUGUCACAGACACAGACCAGUACGUGGUGAUGAGUCUACAGAGGCAGAGGAUAGAAGAGGAGUCCAACUACUGUCCCAUCUCACCAGUCUCCAUUGGUACGCCCCCCACCAACACCCUCUCCUCAGCCCCCUUGAUCCUCAGAGCCGGCAGGGUGACCCAGGAGGGGGGUCUGGUCCACAGGGGGAGGGUGAGUCGACCUACCCGGCUCGCCCUUGACUCUCUGAGGACACUGCCCUGUAUGAGCGAACACCCUCUCCCCUCUGAGCCCAGGAGUCCCGGGGAGUACAUCAACAUAGACUUUGGCAACGCCACACGAUACCCGCCUGUCUCUACCACGACUGAAAGCUCUGCUUCAUCGCUGGGCUCGGUGGACGGGCCGGCGAGGAGUUCCCCGCCACUCUCCGAAUACGUCAACAUCAACAUCAGCUCAUGCUCUUCCAAACACAGGGAUUCCCAUUCUUCAAUAGGGUGCAUGGAGCCGAGUCCUGUGCUCCUCGUGUGUCCCAGCCAGCCUCACAGAGAGGAUCCGAGGGAGAGAGAGGAGGAGUACCAGAGGGAGAGAGAGGAGGAGAGAGUCGUAGUGGAAUAUCCUCUCCAAAAGCAUGUGAGCCCUGUGUGCCCGGUUGGAGCUGUAAAAGACGACUACACUGAGAUGACCUUCAGUCCUACCAACCCCUCUGCCACUCUCCCUGCCUCUCUGUGCCCCUCUGACUCCUCCACCCCCCUGCCUACCAGCCCCUCGUCCUGCAUCCAGAGACUCACCCUGGGGGGAGAGGGCGUAGUGGUGGUCCCCCCUGCCCCUGUGGAGUCCUUCCUCCUGGGGGGUCCCUCCACCCCACCCGUCAACCCAGACAGGGGGGCUAAGGUGAUCCGGGCUGACCCCCAGGGUCGCAGGCGCCACAGCUCCGAGACCUUCUCCUCCACAACCACAGUAACGCCAGUGUCUCCAUCGUUCGCCCACGAUGCCAACAAGCGGCACAGCUCGGCGUCGGUGGAAAACGUGUCGCGGCUGGUCCGGAGCUCGGAGGGCUCAGACGAGGAGUAUGGGAACAGCAACAGCCCCAUGUGCCGGGAGACGUCGGCAGGCUACCAAAACGGACUCAACUACAUUGCCUUAAACCUGAUGGAAGGGAGCCUGGGGGGUUGCACCAGUCUGGGGGGCUGUGAGGGACUGCUGAGGUUCAAGGCAGCGUGUGGAUGCAAGGGGGGCAUGAACGGUUUCAACGCCAGCCCCUAUGCCACCAUGGGCUUCAAGGAGACUGCAACAGCAGUGAAAGACUGAAAUCUGAUGGGACCAUCCCCCCUCCUAUACCCCCUGUUCCCCUCUCUCUCUCUGUCUCUCCUGGCUGUGAACGAUGGAUAACGCUGCAGCCUAGUGACGAGGUCGCCACGCCAACAGCUGGACCAUGUGCUGCAGUAGACAAACUUUAACCUCCACCAUCCCCUCCCCUAGGGGUCAACAGAGCCGCCGUCGUCACGACAAUGUGGACACUUGACCCCCCCUCCCCCAAGUCUCAUAUCUUCACUCCCCCCUCUCGGCACCCAGACAUUGAGGGGCCGUUGCUGCUGCUAUCUAGACAAAUAAAAAGAAUGUUUCUUCAAAGAUUAUCUAUGUACAUUCAAAGUUACUUCUGCAAAAUGAUAUUAUUAUUAUUGUUAUUAUUAUUAUUCCACUGGUUAUCGUUUGGCUUUGGCUGACAGGGCCAGUUAACCUCACCUUGAACCAAACCUCAAGAUAUGCGAAACACACGUUAUACAUACUUACACAUGUUUAUUUAUUUAUAUGUGUGCACUUAGUGGUGCAUGUGUGUGUGUGGAUGUGUACACUGAAUUUGUACUGAAGAGAGGUGGCAUUUUACGAAUAUAUUCAACAACGUAGUGAGUUAGCAGUUGCUUAAAACCCCUACCUCAGAGCAAACCAGGUUAGUACUUAUUUACACACCAGAAAUAUAUAUCGAGAUAUAUUUAUUUAUUUUCAGAGGUGAAUGUUUUUAUGAACACCAAUCCAAAGCCUUACUACUCUCCUGUCCGCAGUUUCUGAUGGACGUUUAGUUUGGACCUAUAAACACGCAGAAAAUCAAAGACUUAAAUCCAUUGCCAUGGAGACGGAAUGCUUGUCUGAGCAGCUGGAGAGGAAGAAAUGUCUGUCUGACCUCUUUCCCUCUGCAAUCAAAGAUGACUGAGAUUAUUACAGUUAGUUCACAUAUCGGUACUAUAUAUUAAUAUGCCAUAGUAAUAUAUUUAUCAUUGCAUACAAAGCUUACGAGAAGAAGCUGUUCGGCAUUAUUCAACACGCAAGUAAAAGCCAGGAGAAUGGGAUCCAGGAGGAGUUUUCUAGAGUAGGACACACAUCAUCAUCAUCAUCAUCACACACAUCCGCAUGUCCCAGUUUCACCUGGGCUGGUGGUCUGUUGUUAAUGCCUAGAACACCAUCAUUGAGACAAAGCCUUUAUAUACUUUAACAGAUGACCUAGUUCACUCACAAUGACCCACCUGUGACACGUUAUUCUCACCUGAUGCCUCAGCACGGCGCCUGUGGUUAGCUGUGAUAGGCUAUUUGGCACAGAGGUGUGCUGUGAUUGGGCUGGUGGGCAGACUCACGACUGGUUUUCAGAGAGGUUUUGACAUGCCUGAAGACAUGGCUGCUGCUUUGGGCUGUGAGACAGUAAGGAAGGAUGAGACACACCAGAGCUGACGCUGCACGGUCUUGCACUUACAAACUGCCUAGAUUGUAAACACAAGACACUUGAAUGUAGUCUAUUCCAUGUUCUCCUCUUGGGGAACGUAACCACCUUGACAACGAGUAGAAAUACCACAACAAUAAUAUCUUCGACAACUGCUACAACAUGCAGAAUAAGACAAAACAAACAGGCAAACACGUAACAAACAAAAAACGGACUAAGGACGAAGAGUGUCGCUUACUUUGUCAGUUCAUUGGUACUCAACGUUCGCCUAUAUACUGUAAAAAUGUACAAAUACAGAGAAUAGAAUUGAGCGCAAGCUGAACCUUUUGUUUGAGAGAUAUUUUAAGUUAAAGAUAAAUUAUGUUUGUACUGUUUAUGUGUUUGGAGUGAAUUCCCAGAAACAAUGAAAGCACUAAUUAUUAAGUUAUAUACAAGCAGCAAUGUUUGGCCUGGAUUUUAAAAUGAUUAUUACAGGAUGGUCUUGUGAAAUGAUUGCCUCUACAAGGACAUUUUCUAAUGCUGUAAUUCCGAAAAAUACUUUGAGAACAAAUGAUUCAUUAAUACUUGACAUACACGUUUAUUCUUGCUACUUAGGUACAUUUCACGAAUGGCACAUGCAAUAUUUACAUUUUUAAGAAAUUUGUUUAUAGAGAGGUACCAACUGUAUAAUAAUAUGUUAAUAAUGUUUGUUAAACCUUAAAAUAUAUUAUUUUUUUGCUCUUUGUAAUUUUUUUCUGCCAAUUGAUAUAAUGGAAAGUGUUCUGUUUGUUUUUGCUAAUAGAGCGUAUUGGUGAUUUGACCAGUGUUUUUUUGCAUUUGCAUAGCGUUCCUGUUGGUUUUUUAUUUAGCGUCUAAACAUUACGAUGAUAUGACGACCUAGCUUAAUUUGCUGUGUCUUCCAUUGUAAAUACUUCAUAUCUCUUAUUGAGAUGCUAAGAGAUGAUCAUUUAAACCUAGUGUAGUUGCCAUGGCUUUAGACUGUAUUGAUUCUUUAUAGACACUUGCAAUAAAGAAUAACAUUGUUUAAGAAAGCUAA